AAAAUAAAAUAACAAACAAACCACAACAAAACCCUUAAGGGAAGAAGGGGGAUCAGAGUCAUGGUGAGCAUCCACUGAGCUCCUUCCUCUAUUUGCCUGGCAGCGGAGUAGGUGCUAGGGGGUACCAACGGAGAGGCUGCCCUCGCCCUUCAGGCACCCAGUGCUGCCCACUCUCUGAAUCUGCUUUCUCAAGGCCAGCUAGGCAGCAUCAAGUACAAAAUAGCCUCUGGACACCUUGUGGACCUGCCUCUUUCUGCCAGAAUGACCUCAUUGGCUUCUUGGCAUCUGCUGCUUCUCCUCUGUGUCGCCACCUUUGCGGAGCCACCGGCAAAGGUGGCCCCUGGACCCACAGGCCAGCGGCCGGGACCCCAGGAACUCAUCAAUGCCUGGGAAAAGGGCCCGCGGUGCGCAGAGAGGAAACCCGGGGUUGCAGGGCUGCGAACUCGUAGGACCUCGCCGUGCCCACCGGUGGAGAGUUCCGCGGGGCGCCAGCGGCCCCUGUGCGCCGCUCGCAGUCGCCUGAUCCCCGCACCCCGCGGGGUGCUAGUGCAGCGCGAGAAGGACCUGUCGGCCUACAACUGGAACUCCUUCGGCCUGCGCUACGGCAGGAGGCAGGCGGCGCGGGCGGCGCGGGGUUGAGUGCAGGGCGGCCCGGGGAUUGCAGCCGGCCCGGGGAUUGCAGCCUCAGCCCGCCGGCAUGCAGGGCUGGGGUAGACUUCUGGACUAGGGUAAUAAAGUAAUGCUGCUGUC